AUGUCGGAAGCCUCUUGGCGCCUUAUGGCUCUCGCCUGGCUGCCGAUCCCGGCGGUGGGGCCUUUCCUUUGCAAAGCCACUGAGUACCUGAACAGCCACACGCUCAUCGCGGUCGGCCGCGACGGUCCCGAGCUGGCACCAAAGCUGAAGGAAGUCCCCAGCGUUUCGUUUGACAGCGUCCACGGUCGCGACGAGAAGUCCCUGCGAGCGCUGCUGCUGCAGGAUUCGCCAAUGAGGCUGCAGAUUGCCCGUUGGGCGUGCGACUUCGGAUUGCUUGGUAUGCUGGUACUCAUCCAGCUGGCUUACUUCAGAGCUUUCAAGCAGUCCCAAGUGGACGGGGUGGCAGCUUGCCUGGGCUUAGCCUUGGUCAUCUCCAUCAUCCAGGUAGUCGCCGAUCUUGUCCUGCAGGUUCAGGCAUACAGAGCUGGGCAGUGCCUCGUUCAGGCGUGCGAGGCACUCCUGGUGACUGCGCCUUUCUCGCCCAGAGGUGUGACGCCGAAGGAAGCAGAUCCGCUGCAGGGUCUGCAGCCGGGCGACGCGCUGCGGACGCGUGUGGCCUGGAGGCAGCUGAAGCUGCUGAGCUGGACCUCUGAAGGCCGGCUGCCGGCCACUGUCUACGCAUGGCUCAACUCUGCAUACGGGCGCCAGAGCAACAUUGGGCGGCUCUUCCUCCGGCUGAAAGAGCGGCAGUACGAGCAGGAGCAUCGCCCACACAAGGUGGACAUUGCGACGAACCCAAAGAUCUUGACCUCGGUGAUGCUGGCGUGCCAGGUGUUGUUGCUUCGGGCGGCGGCCCACAAUGACAUCUGCAUCCACCAGGCCUUCCGCGCCGCGCAGUGCCGGGCUGAAACAGAUGCCCUCGAGGCUGCCAAAGCUCGGGCGGCCAGUUUCCGGCACUGGACGAAGCAGAAAGCUACAGUGCGGGCUGCUGCCGCUGGCAAUGCGCUUCUAGAGGCCGGGGUAGAGCAUACUGAAGAAGGGAUCUGA